GACAGGAGUAGUAACGGCAGAACUACAACAGCACGCACGAUGUCAUUCACUUGAUGCCACUGCUGGGCUAAUGCAACUCAGACACUUCUGGAAGAGAGUACUUUUAACACCAGGAGACGUUUUUAUGAAGACGCAAAGUAAAUGUUAAUUUUUCCACAACGAGAGUAACGAUAACGUUAGUGUAGCGGUAAGCUAACAGCUAGCUAACGUUACUUAACCUGGUAUUCGGCUAACUUAGAAACAGCUUUGGAAGAGCCUGCUAACGAACUGAAAUAACACUCCGAGAGAGCGAUAUAGCUUCAGAAAAUGAGAAUUCUUCGUGCUGGUCUCAGGUUUGUAAGCUCUUAGCGCCUGGUGUUGCUGCCCCUCCAGUGGUUGAAUUCAUGAGCACGCUCAGUGACAGCUGUGCGUAGUGCUCUGGGAUGGGGAGUGGAGUCCAGGAACAACGAGCAUCACUCACGCAGGGAGAAGUGCUGCCGCUGCCUUCCUCCAGUCAGUCAGAAGUGAGCUAUGAGGGCCUAAAGCACACUCGCUCUGUCCUCAACUCGCUCUUCUCGGGCGCUUUAGCGGGAGCUGUGGCCAAGACAGCUGUCGCCCCAUUGGACAGGACUAAAAUCAUCUUCCAAGUGUCUUCAGCACGAUUCUCUGCCAAGGAGGCCUACAGGUUGAUCUACCGCACCUACCUGAAGGAUGGCUUCUUCAGCCUGUGGAGGGGGAACUCUGCGACGAUGGUGCGAGUCAUUCCAUACGCAGCCAUCCAGUUCUGUGCGCAUGAGCAGUACAAGAGGCUGCUGGGAGGUUAUUAUGGCUUUCAGGGGAAAGCCCUGCCUCCAUUACCAAGGUUACUGGCUGGAUCUAUGGCAGGUACCACGGCAGCUAUGCUGACCUAUCCUCUGGACAUGGUGCGAGCCAGGAUGGCCGUAACACCAAAGGAAAUGUAUAGUAACAUUCUGCAUGUGUUUGUGCGGAUCUCUCGAGAAGAGGGCCUGAAGACAUUGUAUCGAGGUUUUACUCCCACCAUGCUGGGUGUUAUUCCCUAUGCUGGUCUCAGCUUCUUUACCUAUGAGACACUGAAGAAAUUACAUGCAGAGCGCAGUGGGCGCCCACAGCCCUACUCAUAUGAACGUCUGGCAUUUGGAGCCUGUGCAGGUCUCAUUGGCCAAUCAGCAUCUUAUCCUCUAGAUGUGGUACGGCGGCGUAUGCAGACUGCAGGAGUGACAGGUCACACGUACGGCACCAUCCUGGGCACCAUGAAGGAGAUCGUGUCUGAGGAGGGGGUCAUCCGUGGACUCUACAAAGGUCUCAGUAUGAACUGGGUUAAAGGGCCUAUUGCGGUGGGCAUCAGCUUCACCACCUUUGACCUUACUCAGAUCCUCCUGAGGAAGCUGCAUCAGAUGGGCUAUACAGCUCGAUAAUAGUGAUUCAGAGUGGAAAACGGGGAGAGCACAAGAUCCCCAUAAGCCCUCUUAUGAGAAACAAGGAGGGAAAAGUGAGAGAGAGUAAAGAGUGUGUAUCGCUGGACAGAAGCAAAUGCACACUGGCUCAGGAUGCGUGGGUAAUAUUAAUGUAUUCUCUCGCUUUAUCUGUGUGCAACAAGGGAUGUACACUCCCUGUAGGUACAAAGUAGGGUGUAGGGUGGUAACGUGUACCUCUACACGCUGUUGUCAUGUACAUCUAAGUGCAAUAUGCUCAGUGGUUUUAUGUGUGUAGCCUAUGUGUGUACACAUAGAUUAUAUUGCUCCUGCCCUGGUGGACCAGGCCUGUGAGUGUAUUUAUCAAUCAAAGAGUUCAGAGGUUCACACACACUGACAUCUCUCAGCUGCCUUGUGUGUCUGCUUAAAACUGACACCUUCAAAUGCAAUGCAGGAUGCCACUCAUCUGUUAUGGACUUUUAAGAUGCAUUUGAUUUGAUCAGAGUAAAGUAUGCCCCCUUGAGAUUUGUUUUGAUGUGAGUGAGUUUGUUUAAGGAAUUAUACCAAAGGUUAGGAUGUGAGAUAGCUUCAGAUUAUAUGGUGUUAGUGGUGUUAUAAACAAUCUUGCCCAGCACAGAGGUAACAGCAUCUUUACUGCCACUGAAUAGUUUUUGUUUGAGUUGAAAAUAUCGAAAUCUCUUUGAGUCCAGUAUUUUUAAGUGGAGCUCCUGAACAUUGAAUUCACAGACUGUUAUUUGGAAUUAAGCUAUUGUGCUGACAGCAGACAGAUGAUCUAUAUUUUAUGCCAGUGCCAACAGAUAUAAAGUUUUAAGAGUGCCCAUAUUAUUUUAUGUUUGUUUUCACUGUAAUCAUAUCAUGGGCUUUUUAAAAUAUUGUAAAUUUUGAUAGUCAAAUCUGUUGUCUGAUGUAUCAAUACAGGUGAUUAGACAGAUUUAAAAAAAUACCAGCUGAAAAUCUCACCUACAGUUUAACCUCAUACUGACAUGCAGUGUCAAGUAAUGCACAUCAAACACUUUGAUAGGUAAUUUUCCAAAUGUGUGAUCAUAGACACUGAUUUAACAGUUUAGAAGGAACACCUGUACAGUCUAAUGCAAUCCAAUACAACAGCCCUGCAGUGAGUAUUACCUUUGUAAAGUUUACAAUGCCCCUUGUCAUUGACACUGUGUGUGUGAGAGGUGUUGCUUUAAAUCUAUGGCAUUUUUAAUGAUAUUGUUUUGGAUUACAAUAUAUUGACAGGUGUUUCUAAUAUUGUCACCCUCAUGUAUGUGUCACUGGUAAUGAAAACACAGAGUCCCAUACACACUAUACAAAUGUUGUCUUCCAUGUGCUGUCAGUGUGGCAGCUGCAGGAUCUGUCUCUUGGUGAUUUUGCUGCCAUUCAUGCCCGUUUUCUUUAAAACUUGGCAAGACACUAGUUUUGAUUUUGACAGGUCAUUGAAAUAAUUUACAAACUUCUGGUUGGGGUGGACUCACAAUGAAGAUCUUUAUUAGUAUUUACUAAUGGACUAACUUGACUGGAAAUGUGCACACACCUAGUGAAGUGAUCAUUUGACUUCUCUGUUACAGGCAGCAUUGAGUUCAUUUUAGCAUUCUCAGUAUUGUACUUUACCUCAGCAUGUAAUCAAUAGUUCAUGAAAUUCUCACAUAUCAAUGUGUUAUGUGGAGUAUUGUCAAAAAUGGGACUUUGUGCUCAGUUUUUAUUUGACCAUAUGUGCGACAGUUUCAACAGUGUUGAUGCAGGCUUGCAGCCAUUGAGGAGUGUCAAUAGUUUGUAUACUUAGACCAUACAUACCAUACAUACUGUUUCUAUACUUAGACCAUACAUACCGAGGAUGCAGAGCCAAGUGGAGCAGAGGGCAGGAAGUGUCUCCUUCACCAGAAUAAAAGCAGGAAACAAACAAGUGUGAUGAUUUAAACUGAAACUCAAUAGUGUUUUGUAUUUUUUAAUGCAUGAUUCAUACACAAUUGUUUAAGACUCUACUGGGGCUGCACAAAUGAUUAUUUUUUAUUAUUGAUUAAUCUUGAAAUUAUUUGAAUAAUCACCAGACAAAUGCCCAUAAUAGUGACUAGAGCCCAGAGUGAUGCCUUAACAUUGCUUAAGUCUUCUGACCAGCAUACAAACGCCCAAAAAUAUGAUUUUUUUUUUCAUGUUGUGAAAGAGAAAAGCAACCCUUUGCGAAUCUUUAAUCAGCAAAUAUUGUGUGUUUUCACUGUUUUAAAAGUUCAGUAACCUAUUAGAAUUUGAAUUGAUUUUGUCCAUUAACCAACUCAUUUAUUGGCUGAUUGAGCAGGGAGUAGGGAGCAGAGUAUUUUUCGGUACUAAUGUCGAAACAAUACCUGGAUUUCAGCACUGAUACCAGAAUGACUCUUCUUUGAUUUUUGUUUGGUAUUUGGUACUUUGGUACUUUUAGUAUUUGAUAGUUUUCGAUACUCGCUGCUAGGGACACGUUGUGGUCAGUAACAGGACAUUUUGAAAUUUGGUACCCAUCUC